UCUUCUUCACUCUUUUCCUCUUUUACAGAAAAAAUCCAAAAAGGAAAAAGAAGAAAGAACCCAUUUUGAUCGGCCAUUUUCAUGAUUCAGGUCUUUUUCAACAAAAAUUAGGGUUCUUUUCCCAUUUCAAGAAAAUUUUAGGGCUUCUUCCACCCUUUUUUUUUCCAUCAGAAUCAUUAAUUUUUGUCAAAGAAAAUGGAGAAGUUGAACAACAUUUUCAAGAAGAAGACUUCACCCAAAGAAGCACUAAGGACCAGUAAAAGGGAAAUGGCUGUUGCUACCAGAGGCAUUGAGCGGGAGAUUUCAUCUUUACAAAUGGAGGAGAAAAAGUUAGUUGCAGAGAUCAAGAAAACAGCCAAAACAGGAAACGAGGCAAGUGUUUGUUCAUUAAACUUAUUUUUUGUUACUAACACCACACUUGGAAUCGCGAUCAUAUUGAUAUUGGUCUCCCUGGGUGCUUAUUUGCACUAGAAACUGCAUGCUUUUUGCAGCCUCUUAUUUCUUUUGGUAUGUAAGAAAGAGGCCGAACAAGUUACAAAGCCGGACGAUCUCGCGUGUCCCCGGUACGUAGCCUCCUCCUCGACUCGAGCUGUCC